UCCUACUGGUUUUCAAUUAAAAUGGAAAAAUAUGAGAACCUAGGACUGGUUGGAGAAGGGAGCUAUGGAAUGGUAAUGAAGUGUAGGAAUAAGGAUAGUGGAAGAAUUGUGGCCAUCAAGAAGUUCUUAGAAAGUGAUGAUGACAAAAUGGUUAAAAAGAUUGCUAUGCGAGAAAUCAAGUUACUAAAGCAACUGAGGCAUGAAAAUCUGGUGAAUCUGUUGGAAGUGUGUAAGAAAAAAAAGCGAUGGUACCUAGUCUUUGAAUUUGUUGACCAUACAGUUCUUGAUGACUUGGAGCUCUUUCCAAAUGGACUAGACUACCAACUAGUUCGAAAGUAUUUGUUUCAGAUUAUCAGUGGAAUUGGAUUUUGUCACAGUCACAACAUCAUACAUAGAGAUAUAAAGCCAGAGAAUAUAUUAGUCUCCCAGUCUGGCGUUGUCAAGUUGUGUGAUUUUGGAUUUGCGCGGACACUGGCAGCUCCUGGGGAGGUUUAUACUGAUUACGUGGCAACCCGAUGGUACAGAGCUCCAGAGCUGUUGGUUGGUGACAUCAAGUAUGGCAAGGCUGUGGAUGUGUGGGCCGUUGGCUGUCUGGUGACUGAAAUGCUCACGGGGGAGCCCCUGUUCCCUGGAGAUUCUGACAUUGAUCAGCUGUAUCAUAUUACAAUGUGUUUAGGUAAUCUAAUUCCAAGACAUCAGGAGCUGUUUUAUAAAAAUCCUGUGUUUGCGGGAGUCAGGUUGCCUGAAAUCAAGGAAACGGAACCUCUUGAAAGACGCUAUCCCAAGCUCUCUGAAGUUGCGAUAGAUUUGGCAAAGAAAUGCUUACACAUUGACCCGGACAAAAGGCCCUUUUGUGCUGAGCUCCUGCACCAUGAUUUCUUUCGUAUGGAUGGAUUUGCUGAGAGGUUUUCUCAGGAACUACAGUUUAAAGUACAGAAAGAUGCCAGAAACAUCUCUUUAUCUAAAAAAUCCCAAAGCAGAAAAAAGGAAAAGGAAAAAGAUGAUUCCUUAGGUGAAGAGAGAAAAACACUUGUGGUACAGGAGUCCAAUGCUGAUCCCAAAAUUAAGGAUUCUAAAGUGUUUAAAAUAAAAGGGUCAAAAAUGGAUGGAGAAAAAGUUGAAAAAGUCAGUCGAGCUUCCAAUGCCAGCUAUCUCCACAACAACGUGACAAGCCACAUCAAAACAGUGCCUUCCACGAGCCUCCGAGAUUGCAGCAAUGGCAGUGUGGACCACGCGAGGAAUCCAGGCAUGGCAAUUCCCCCACUUGCACACAACCUUUCUGCAGUGGCUCCUGCUAUUAGUUCCGGAAUGGGGACUAUCCCAGGAGUUCAGAGUUACAGAAUGGAUGAGAAAGCCAAGAAGUAUUGUAUUCCAUUUGUUAAACCAAAUAAACAAUCUCCAUCAGGCAUUUAUAAUAUUAAUGUGACCACAUCGGUUGUUAGUGAAAAGACCCUGCUGCAGGCAAGUAAGAAAAGAAGAGACUACUCAAAGAUGGAUGUCCGCUUGCCUGAGCUAAACUAUAAUCAUCUCCCUGAACUAAGAGCCUUGGAAGGCAUCGCUCGAAAUUCCAGGUUAAUAAGGAGAGAGAACAAAAAUCUUUCAGAAUCUCGAAUUCCUUCUCUGGCCACUAUUGACUUGCACGCCCCCAGUUUCGCGUUACAUCAGAGUAUGUACGUUUCUGCUACUUUUACACCCACAGUCACAGCACUAAGAAAGCUGGCAGAUGUUUUAAUCUCCUGAGCCGUCCAUAGCGAACCGCAGGCUUGGGAUAUGUGUCACUGAGCUUCCACUUUACCUCCUCAGACAGGUCUCUCACCUUUGCUUGAUGCUAGACAACUUUUGUUUUGGAAUUUAAUUCCCCAGCUUUAUUGUUUAACUAUUUCCAUUUCAUACACAACACCUGUAUGUUGCCUCCUUCUCUAUGUGGAUGCCUUUUCCUACUGGUACCCCUUAAAUAAUUUUGUAGAGCUCUGCAAACAAGGGGAACAAUAUUGUUGAGGAUAACAAAUUACAGAGGCAGUCACCCAGUGAUACUGCAAACAAGUGUAUUGACCUGUGUUGCUUCGCCUCAUCUCUUGCUGCCAAUUUUGGUAGCAACGCCCUCCAAACUAAACAAAUUCCUGCUGUGUGAAGAUUAAUCGCUGUCACAGAUUUUGCAUUUAGGAACUACAGAGUCUCAAUAAAUUCCUUGUAUGCUUCUAAGUUUAUAUUCAGUGUGGAUUUUAAAGGUGCAGAAUUUUCCACUUGCUCUUUGUGACAAGUGUACUAUUGUUCAAAAACACUUUGCAAGGUUGACAUAAUGAAAUCUUGUUUCAUGUAGUAGAAGAAAGUCUUUGGCUGCCUUUACACUUAUUCAUUAUUUUUAUUUGUCCUUCUGAACUAAUCCUUUUAUAUUUAUAAGCUGGUUCUGCAUUUUUACUCUCAGUUUACUUGCUCAAUUUCCAUUUGUAUUUAAAACACAAUAAAAGAGAAGGUAGGUGUAGCAAAAAAUACAUUUAACACCAAGAUAAUAUGCGCUUAUGUGUGGAAAAUCUAAGUGGGAAGAGAAACCACUGAAGACUGAAAGCAAAAGUCCUCUGGCAGAGGCUGCGACCUGCCUUGCGCUCUUUCUUCAUGGUCUCCAUCGAUACAUCAAACUGCAAUUUGUUUCUGAACAUAACACAAACAUUUUCAUGUUUAUAAAAGUCUGUUAUGUACCUUCCGGAACAGUCUGUAAGACAGAGUUUUGUAAGUAAAGUAUUGCAAAGUCCGUGGACUUUGUCCCCACCCUCUGCAUGCUUACACAUGCUAUGUACCUACAUGCAUAGCUACACAUUUUUUCCUCUAAGCACUGUUUUCUUCAUCCCACAAAUUUUGAUAACAUCUGAGCCACCUCAGGAUUGAUAUCUGUUGAUUGCUUUUCCCUUGAGAAUUAAUCACACUUUCCUGGAUAUUUUUAUGUCCAGUACUUUUGGAUUGUAUUUCGGAUGUUGUAAAUGUUAUAUUGUGUAGCCUCUGGGUCUUGUUAUAAUCUUCAGGAGAAUGUUGAAAAUUUUGUUUUAGUAGGCAGUCACCCAAAUUUUGUUUACACUGUAAUUUU